GGGGCAACCACAAGGUCGAUUCAAAAGACCAAAAAAAAAAAAAAAAAAGGUAUGAUGAAUGCCAGGGAGGCUGGAAACAAGUGAUCCAUUCAUCUUUAGUUUCAAAUGUUAAAACAAACUAUAUUAAUAGAAAAAGAAAAAAAAGAAAAAAAAGAAAAAAAAAGAUUUACGUCCGGAGGUGAAGGAGAGGGGCGGUACUUCCGGGUCAGGUGGGCUGGCUGCCUUGACCUUCCUUCGCGCUCGGCCAUUUUGUGCCAGUCGUCCGGAGCCUGCGGCCGCGGAGGAUCUCCCCGAGAAGCUGCGAGGAUGCUGACCGUGCGCGUCGCCGCGGCCGUGGCCCGUGCCCUCCCCCGCCGGGCGGGACUGGUCUUCAAAAAUGUUCUGGGGUCAUCCUUCAUUGGUGCAAGAAAUCUUCAUGCCUCUAACACUCUACUUCAGAAGACUGGCACCGCUGAGAUGUCCUCCAUUCUUGAAGAGCGGAUUCUUGGAGCUGACACAUCUGUUGACCUCGAAGAGACUGGGCGUGUCUUAAGCAUCGGUGACGGUAUUGCCCGAGUACAUGGGCUGAGGAAUGUUCAAGCAGAGGAAAUGGUAGAAUUUUCUUCAGGCUUAAAGGGUAUGUCCCUGAACUUGGAACCUGACAAUGUUGGAGUUGUCGUGUUUGGAAAUGAUAAGCUAAUUAAAGAAGGUGAUAUUGUGAAGAGAACAGGAGCCAUUGUGGACGUUCCAGUUGGCGAGGAGCUGUUGGGCCGGGUAGUCGAUGCCCUUGGUAAUGCCAUUGAUGGAAAGGGUCCAAUUGGUUCUAAGACCCGGAGACGAGUGGGCCUGAAAGCCCCUGGAAUCAUUCCUCGAAUCUCUGUGCGGGAACCAAUGCAGACUGGCAUUAAGGCUGUGGACAGUCUGGUGCCCAUUGGUCGUGGUCAGCGUGAGCUGAUUAUCGGUGACAGACAGACUGGGAAAACAUCGAUUGCUAUCGACACAAUCAUCAACCAGAAACGUUUCAAUGAUGGGACUGACGAAAAGAAGAAGCUGUACUGUAUCUACGUUGCUAUUGGUCAGAAACGGUCCACUGUCGCCCAGUUGGUGAAGAGACUGACAGACGCAGAUGCCAUGAAGUACACCAUUGUGGUGUCAGCUACUGCUUCUGAUGCUGCCCCACUUCAGUAUUUGGCUCCUUACUCUGGCUGCUCCAUGGGAGAGUAUUUCAGAGAUAAUGGCAAGCAUGCUUUGAUCAUCUACGACGAUUUAUCCAAACAGGCUGUGGCUUACCGCCAGAUGUCUCUGUUGCUGCGCCGACCCCCUGGGCGUGAAGCCUACCCUGGAGAUGUGUUCUACCUGCACUCUCGGCUGCUGGAGAGAGCAGCCAAGAUGAAUGACUCUUUUGGUGGUGGCUCUUUGACUGCCCUGCCGGUCAUAGAAACCCAGGCUGGUGAUGUGUCCGCCUACAUUCCAACGAACGUUAUUUCCAUCACUGACGGACAGAUCUUCUUGGAAACAGAGUUGUUCUAUAAAGGCAUCCGCCCUGCCAUUAACGUGGGUUUGUCUGUGUCCCGUGUCGGAUCUGCUGCCCAGACCAGGGCCAUGAAGCAGGUGGCCGGGACCAUGAAGCUGGAGUUGGCUCAGUAUCGGGAGGUCGCUGCCUUUGCCCAGUUUGGUUCUGAUCUUGAUGCUGCCACUCAACAGCUCUUGAGUCGUGGUGUGCGUCUGACCGAGUUGUUAAAGCAAGGACAGUACUCUCCCAUGGCUAUUGAAGAACAGGUGGCUGUUAUCUAUGCAGGCGUGAGGGGCUAUCUGGAUAAGCUGGAGCCCAGUAAGAUCACCAAGUUUGAGAAUGCUUUCUUGUCUCAUGUUAUCAGCCAGCACCAGACCCUCUUGGGCAAUAUCAGGGCCGAUGGGAAAAUCUCAGAACAAUCAGAUGCAAAGCUGAAAGAGAUCGUAACAAACUUCUUGGCUGGGUUUGAACCAUAAAGCCCCAUGAAUCCGUGUGUGUCAGACACUGCUUUGGUUUUGUCAUUUAUUCGGUAAAAUCACCUCCAUUUGUAAAGGAUUGCUCCGUACUCCUCAUGUACAGAAAUCACCGAAAUAAAGGUUCCAUGUUGUGUGCCAGUUUGUGUGGGGGCAGGUGCAGGUGUAUACUGUGGCUUGUGUGUGGACAGGGGGGGUCCAAGGACAGCCUGUAGGAGUCGAUGCUGCCCUUCCACUGUAUGGGUUCUCUUGCCAGAGCUGGCAAAUUGCUCUCUUAACCCAUUCUACUUAAAUAUUGGUACAGAUUCUAAAGUCCUUUGUGAUUGAUUAAAGAGAAAUCUGCUGGA